GAGAUAGCCCGGGGUCAUAUUUAGGUUGCCCUAGGAAAACUAAUAGGCUACAUUGCUAGCAGUAAAUAGGGUGGAAGUUAGAAUAUAAAACCAGCGGUAUCGCGCUAUAAAUUUACAUCCAACCUGUUUAUUCGUCUUCAGCUCCGACUGAAUUAUUUUGAAAAUGACGACGGUGUCGUUUGGUCGGAUAUUUGUGGUUGUUUUAACUUGAUAAACACUGUUGCUAACGUUAGCCUGUUAGCAUUCCUGGCUGUUUUUAAUGCUGCAGCACCGUGACCCUCCCCGGAUUUCUACUGUACCUCAACUGGUUUGACGAUUCUCUAACUUUGAAAAAGGAUGUUCCUGGUGGGACUGACCGGGGGGAUCGCCUCGGGGAAAAGCGCGGUUUCCUCAAUGCUACGGGAGCUCGGCUGCCCUAUUAUAGACGCAGAUGUGGUGGCCAGGAAAGUCGUGGAGCCACACACUCCUGCCUACUCCCGGAUCGUCUACCACUUUGGGCACGAGGUUCUGCUGGAGAACGGGCAGAUUGACCGGCAGAAGCUCGGCCAAAUCAUCUUUGCCCAUGAAGAGAAGAGGAGGCUGCUAAACUCCAUCACACACCCCGAGAUUCACAAAGCGAUGCUCAAAGAGAUCAUAUUCUACUUCCUGAGAGGUUACCGAUAUGUGGUCUUGGAUGUUCCCCUCCUGUUUGAAACCAGACGUCUCACCAAGUUUUUGAACCACACCGUGGUAGUUUACUGUGACCCUGCGACCCAACUCCAGCGCCUCAUGCAGAGGGACAACCUGACCCAGGAGCAGGCCGAGCAGCGCGUGGCAGCGCAGAUGCCGCUCAACGAGAAGCGCGGCUUGGCCAACCACGUCAUUGAAAACUCAGGCAGCCGAGAGGAGACCCACAGGCAGGUCCUGCAGCUCCACACGAAGCUGGAGGACUCCAUGGACUUCCUCUUAGUGAGGGUGAUCGCCGUCGCUGCCACCGCUGGUCUGAGUGGAAUGCUGCUCUACGCGGCCAAGCUGCUGUUGUCCUAACAAAGGAAACGGAGGAGGAUGAGAAGAACAAGUCUAAAAUGGGGAGCUGCGAUUGGAGUCGAGUAAAGGCAAGUCGAAAGUACUGAUGCGGUUUUCUGUGAAAUUAGUUUCACAGCACCUACCACUAACAGCGCAGCAGUGUGGCGCUUCAUGUUGACAGUUAACACAGACCUAGAAAAACUCUCUGACAAAUGGGGCUUAGUGUAAAGAAUGCAGUUUGUUCUGGCUUUUCUCAGCAAGACUAAACAGUGAAGUUGAUGAAGUAGAAUCUCUUAAUCGAAGCAUAAAAAUAAUUUUGCUAUGAAUGCAAAACAACCAAAAGUUUACCCACUUUUUAAAACAUGUUUAAUUAUUCAAAUUGGACAGUGGAUGAUGUGCCACAUUCAGCGUUCCUUUUCAUUUGAAAAUUAAAAUAUCUUUUAAUAGCUGCUAUCUUUUAAUCCAGAUUUUAAGUUGUCAUUAAUUUGGCACUAACUCACUUUAUAUUUUUAGCUAAAUGUUGGUGCUAGCCCCCCACCAAAAGUAUGUUUUUAAAGUGGAAAUUAUAUUAAAGAGCAAAGAAAUUUCAAGGUGAUGCAUUGAGAGCAUGUAGUGAUUGUAUAAUGAUGGGAUAUUUGACAGAAUGUAAUUGACAAUCCGGUUUUUUUCCUCACUGGGAACAGUAGGAAUUAACAGAUUUAAGAUUUAUCACUGUAUUUUCUUACACGUUGCAUGUUCUGUUGAAGUAAAAAUCUGUAAUUGUAUUUUGUUUUUGCACACUUGUAACUCAAAUGUUUGUAACCUCAUAUGUGUAACUUAAAUAUAACAGACCACACCACUGUAAAAAUGUCUCAGUGCAUUUGGUUGUUCUUGUGUUUUAACAGAUGUCUCUGUUAAUGCUGGACACCCAAAGAGAACUUGGAAGUUGAAGCUUAAACGUGGGGAGCUCCCCCUGGUGGCCGGCGUAGUUCUGCCUACAAAAAUGUAAAACGUACACAAAUGGUUUUAGCUCUUGCGGUUGAGAUGUGCAAGAAAAAAGCUUACCAAAAUGAUGGCCAUUUAAAAUCUUAUUUCCAUAGUGUUGUUUUUUUUUUGUAUAAAAAGCACUAUAAUUCCAUGCACAUUGUUAUUUUUAAUAUUUGAUUGGAAGAGUUAAGUUAGGAUGAUAAUUGUUUUGCUAGUUUUUAAAGUGUUUGAGUGAGAGAUUUUGAAGUGCCAGUAUUUAUUCUUUGGUAUUGAGCUAUCAUUUAGGGAUUGGGAAAGUUUAAAUGUAAUGUAAAAAAAAAUCCAGUGUUCUGUUCUUAGAAGAAGUUAAAUCAGAGUAGCAAAUAUUCAUAUUUUACACCUAAAGUCUUAACUUGACACUGAAACCCUAGAAAUGAACAUGUGUAAAAUCCAAUGGUCCAAAUCCAAAUGUUUACCGAUGCUAAAUAGCACAAACUAGUGAGUUUGAUGUCACAAAAGUAAACAAAACAAUUCAUAAAUGUAAAAUUCUACUCA